CCAUCAUCUCCACUACUGCUCAGAUUAGUCCUGACUCCUGAGCGGCUGAGCCAAUCAUACAGUGCGGCGUGUGCGAGCAGAGCUUCUAUCUAGCAGAGAAGGGAAGGAGCGGGCAGGAUGCUGGAAGGGAAGGCGACGGUGGAGGACACCGACAUGCCGGCCAAGAUGCAGCUGCAGGCCACCUCGGCGGCGUCCAGGGCGCUCGACCGCUUCGACGUCCUCGACUGCCGGAGCAUCGCGGCGCACAUCAAGAAGGAGUUCGACACGAUCCACGGCCCGGGGUGGCAGUGCGUGGUGGGCUGCAGCUUCGGCUGCUACUUCACGCACAGCAAGGGGAGCUUCAUAUACUUCAAGCUCGAGUCGCUCCGGUUCCUCGUCUUCAAAGGCAUGGCGGAAGAGCAGCCGCUGCCGUGCUGAUCUGCUGCGCCCUCUCCUGUUUUAACGGCCGUGUGGACUACUCGAUGAUUACGGGGCGGCAGCUAGCUACUACUAGUAUCAACUCCAAAUGCGCCAAUGUAACUUAUUUCAGCUUUGCAUCGCAGUUCGCGACUGCGGUCUGAAACUCUGAAUGCGUUGGAUUUGUGGAAUUGAUUUUCUAGCAUGAUGUUCCACUUUUGAUUCAGAUGAAUACAGAUAAAUUAUGCUUCA